AACCCACCAUGGUCAGAACUCUCCAAGUCAUCAACGUCGGCAGUACGGUAGGCACAAUAGAGGAUGACGAACCUGAACUUGGCAGCUCAGGCUAUCAGCCAGCUGCUCAGCUAGGAACAAGUUAUAAACCCACAGCUUCCACCUACACUGCUCCUAUCAUACCUAUCAAAAGCACUUGCAAAGACGAUACUAGUGGACUGCCUCCCGGCAGAUCGAGUACUGCCAGGUUUGAUUAGGAUUUUAUCCCAUGUCUCGUGCCUAGUGUAUAUAGGCUGACGCUCCCUUGCGCUGAUGUUAGGACACCUCAGAGGAUGGAGCCCAAAAAAGGUAUCGUCUACUCAUACCGCAUGAUAGCAGGGUCCGCACCUUUGCAGUUCUUUGUCACUGUCGAGGCAGAGCCGGAUAGGCAAAAUCAUUAUAUGUUCUCUCUCUCUAUGAAAGCUGGCCAUGUCGAACGCACGCUCUGUGAAUCCAUCCUAAUGAGACUGUCCAUCGACCCGACAAAGCUUGAUUUCUCAGUCUUUGUCUUCCCACCUAAAUCAAGUCUACCUUACGGAUGUCUGCAGAAUCUUCGCGUCUGGCUCAGAACGGCAGGCAUGGACCACCGCAUAUUCGCCGAUAACGACCUCUGGGUCGGGAAAGACCCCGACUUUCGCUCGAUAGGUGACGCCUCGUUCGCCGUCCUCAGAAACGCAACAGAGGACAUGCUGAUCUAUCAGGGAAUGGUUGGGCAGGCCCAUGUUAGCUAUAUUGUCAGAUGGAAUCUCGUAUCCGUCGGUUUAUACAGCCUCUCCUUCGAAUAUGAAGCCGGCGGCGCAGGUCGUCCCCUCUUCGAAGACUACCGACUUAGGCUCGAUUGCGAGCCACAAACAGUAUCAUUCAUGAUCUAUUCUAUCCCCGUAUCCUCCACCCCAGCAGGCGCUUCUCACCGCCUCCGCUUCUGGCUACGCACACCCUACACAUCCCUCUCUCCAACCUCUUCCGUUAAUUCCCAUGCGCAUCCGACCGAGUCGUACAUCUACCAACGGCUAUGGAAGUCCGACUCUUUCAAGCUCGGCGCGGGACUCAACUUCGAGGCACUCGGGAGCAAGGUCGUAAUCGCCACGCGAGACCCAGGGCCACCAGCCAUCGAGAGGGAGACGCAGCCGCUGAGUUUGUUCCCGAACAGAAGACCACGGACGAUCGUCGAUCCUGGAGAGGAUGAUGUGGCACAGAGCCGAUUUUCAUUUGAUUGACUAGCUUUGUGGGCUUGUAUGAGUAAAUUUUAACAAUCGGUAUCCACAUGCAUCUGUAUUCAUAUUAUGAUGGUCUUCCUGGUGUUGCUCAAGCACUUUCUCUUUGGUUAUACUUUGACAUUGGCAAUCUUAUAUGCAGUCACCAGCUUUGUCUCAUUGAUAUCCCAUUCAACUCAAUCUCGAAAGUGUUUAUAGAGAUUGUAUAUUAAAAUACAUGUUUCAUGCUCUCAAGUUGUAACGGAUUGAAAGAAUACAGAAUAAUGUUCGACGACCCUAACCAAACAAACGACGGCUGAUCAUGGACUCGCAGCGGAAAGUGAGGGAGGGAAAUAAUCAGCAAGAGAAGCCAUAGAACAAGAAAAGAAUUAUUAUCCAAUACUAUCAUCCUCCAUCCACCUCAAACAACAGCAACAAGUCACCAAUCAUCAUCGCCGCCGCUAUGCAUCGAGGACUGAGGAUGUUCUAGCCUAGUCUGGCUUGCCUCGCAAAAAUUAUUGAAUCCCUGUUAAAAAAAAAGGACGAAUUGAUGAAUAAACCAAAGGAUUCAAAGUUGGCCAUGGGGUUAAGAAAAUAUUUUAUGUUAUGUGUCGCAUGUCUUUUGAUAGGGCAGCUUUGUUUCUUCGCUAGCAGAAAAGUUGCCAGCCAUAGCCUUGAGAACUCCUGAGUGGGCCUGAACACCCAGUUGUUGUGUAGAGGAAGCGAACAUGGACAACAUGUGGCCCAUACUAUUGCGCGCCAACUUCACCAGUAGCAACAGCGACGUUUUCUCCAAACGGUAGUUGAGGGGACUUGAUAUCCGCCGAGGCCUUCACACCCGAAGCGUACAAAUUAUUGCUAUUGCCAUUCGUCGUUGGAACCAUCGUCAUUGAUGAU